AUGGCAUCUCCAGGUACGGAUAAAGACAUUGAGAACACCAAAGACCCUGCUGGCCUGAUUGCAACUGCUUCCAUCGACGAUAUACAGGCUGAGGCUCGCAUUGCUACCGACGAAGAGCAUGGCCGCGGAUUCUGGCAAGCUGCAAAGCUUUAUCCAUCGGCCGUCUUCUGGUCGUUGUUCUUCUCGCUAGGGGUGAUUAUGUGCGCUUUCGACCCUCAGCUGUUGGGUCAGCUCUAUGCGACUCCCAAAUUUCAGCGGGAUUUUGGGUACCUUUAUGACGGCAACUGGAUCAUAUCGGCGCCGUGGCAGACAGGCUUGUCAAUGGGAUCACCCAUUGGCCAGGUAGUGGGCGCCUUUUGUGCCGGCUAUCCAAUGGAGUGGUUCGGCCGGAAGAAGACCUUUGGAGCCUGUGUCGUCCUGACUACUGGCUUCAUCUUUAUUCAAUUCUUUGCAAGAUCACUUCCGGUCUUGAUUGCGGGAGAACUUCUCGGCGGAUUAGUGCUAGGCUCGUACGCGGUCAUUGCGCCAGCCUAUGCAUCAGAAGUGUGUCCACUUGCUCUUCGAGGCGUACUCACGUCUUGCACGAACAUAUGCUUUGUCACGGGCCAACUCAUUGCCAAUGGAGUCAUUGCUGGUACUCAGAAGCUUGACACGCACUGGGCAUACAGUGCACCCUUUGCGGUGCAAUGGGUGUGGCCGUUGGUGAUACUGAUUGGACUACCAUUCGCCCCGGAGAGCCCAUGGUGGCUGCAGCGACAGGGCCGAUUCGAAGAUGCUGAACGGGCGCUUAGGCGACUUGCUUCUCCUACGGUCGAUGUGAAGCCUACGUUGGCCAUUAUAAUCGAAACCGACAGACUAGAAAGGGAGAUCGAAACCGGCUCGACGUACCUCGAUUGUUUCAAGAAGAUCAACAGACGGAGAACUGAAAUCGCGGUCGGAGUCUACACAAUCCAGGUUCUUUCCGGCAUUUACCUGGUGGGAUAUGCCACCUAUUUUUUCACGCUCGCUGGACUCCCCACCGAUCAAGCCUUCAACAUGGGCGUUGGCUUCCUGGCCGUAGGCUUUGUGGGGACUUGCUGUUCUUGGAUCCUACUGAUUCACUUCGGCCGGCGCAAAAUCUACAAUUAUGGCCUCGCAUUGCUGGCUCUCCUUCAGUUCAUCAUUGGCAUCCUCGACUGUGCGCCCAACUAUGACAACAGGCCGUCGAUUGCCUGGGCCGAAUCUGUUCUUAUGGUCAUCUGGAAUUUCAUUUACGAUAUUUCGAUUGGUCCUGUAUGCUUUGUGCUUCUGUGUGAAGUUUCGGCCACGAGAGUACGCAGCAAGACCAUUGCGUUGGCGACUGCGGCACAAGCCAUGGCUGGAAUUGUGAUGACCGUCGCCAUUCCAUACAUGAUUAAUGCGGACCAGGCCAAUAUGCGAGGCAAACUCGGGUUCUUCUUUGGUGGACUUGCUGUUCUCUGCUUGACAUGGGCUUAUUUCCGAGUUCCUGAACUGAAAGGAAGGACCUAUCAAGAAGUGGAUAUCAUGUUUGAGCGUGGCGUCAAGACGCGAGAUUUCAAGAAUUACGUUGUUACGAGAUGA